UCCCACCCCGUCUCUUCGCCUUCCGUGCUCGUAUUUUUCCUAUUCCGCCCUUGCCUUCUAACUCUCAGCAGGAGGGGGCGAAUCACAUACCUUUGUUCCUCGAUCCUGUCGUUAGGAGUUUGGGCUGUUGGUCCAAGGAUAUCGGCGACGGCGAGUUCAGUGGUUGGGCGGAGCAAGGGGAUGGAUCGGACCAAGGGGUCGUGGAGCACAGAGGAGGACGAGGCGCUGCGGCGGUUGGUGGAGCGGCACGGGCCGAGGAACUGGACUCUAAUCGGUCGGUCCAUUCCCGGGCGGUCCGGCAAGUCGUGCCGCCUCCGAUGGUGCAACCAGCUUUCGCCUCAGGUGGAGCACCGCCCUUUCACGCCCGAGGAAGACGAGACCAUUAUCCGCGCCCAUCGUCGGUUCGGCAACAAGUGGGCCACCAUCGCCCGCCUCCUCUCUGGACGCACCGACAACGCCAUUAAGAACCACUGGAACUCCACCCUCAGACGCAGGUGCGCGCCAUCCGUCCCCGCCGCCUCGGUGGUUGACCGCGAGGGCGAGACGACGGCACAGCCACCGAAGAGGUCUAGCGGCGAAGGGCCGGUGCUCGCGUCGGCGGGCGCGGGGCUUUGCUUGAGCCUUGCGAGCCCGGCCGGGUCGGAGUUGAGUGACUCCAGCCAGCACAGUGCAGCCACGGCGACUCAUGUCGACCGUCCGGUUCCCAUAACCGGCGACAUCAGGGUUCGUCCUUCCCCGUCUUCCUCUUACCCCACCAGCCAGCAGCAUGACCUACGUCUCGAAGCCCAGUCUUCCGUUGCCGAGGACGAUCUCCUGACAUCCCUGACUCUAUCGCUCCCCGGUUCGGAUCGAAUCGGCGCAUCCAACCGGCACCACACCAGCAGCGAGCAUCAGCUCGAAGCGCUGCCACCGACAUGGCGCUCUGAGAAUCCAGGUGACGAUCGGGCGCGUCAUCCACCGUUCCAGUUCAGCGCCGAGUUACUGGCAGUUAUGCAAGAUAUGAUCCGCAGCGAGGUGAGCAGCUACAUGUCUGCGCGCAGCCGCUCCGGAGGCGACCAUUCGCGACCCGCCCUGGAACGGAUCGGCCUAGUCAAAGAUCGAUUAGAUUAGUCCUCAUACAACUGUAAUCGCUUACCCUUUUCGAUUUCAUUAUGCAAGACAACUUGAAUAAAGAGAUUUUAAAAAGGGAAUUUAAUUAAAA